GGUGCGGCUACAGUCAGCGACUGAACGACGCUCCAUUGGGGAACUAAGAGCGCUGGACAAAGACACAAAAUGCAGUUUUGAGACUCGAACGUCGCGUAUUACGCUGGAGAUGUAAUAAGGAGUGUGUGACCGUUGAAUUAGUGCCUAUGUGACAUGCUGGCCUGUCUGCCGGUAUCAGCCCCCUGUCUCCAGCUUCUCACCCACACGCAGAUGAACACUGGACCUCAGAAAUGGGACACUACACAGAAGAUGCGAUCUGCACAGUAUCCCACGCCAGCAGAGUUGGAUGCCUAUGCUAAAAAAGUUGCAAACAACCCGCUGACUAUAAAAAUCUUUCCCAGUAACGUGAAAGUACCUCAGAGGAAGCACCUGCGCCGUACAGUGAACGGUCUGGACACCUCUAGCCAGCGCUACAGCCCCUACCCUACUCAGGUCAGCACCAGGACUGGCCUUUUGGCCGUAGUCAAAGUUCCCGUUAAAAGAAUCCUGGAGCAUCCUCAAGUCCGCUUCGUCCCUGAGAUCGCCAUGAACCCACAGAACGGACCCUACGGCACUCCAAGCACUUUAAACCUGCCUCAGACUCUUCCGUGCAUGCAGGCUCUCUCCCAGCCACAGCUUUUGGCUCGGAAGAACAUGCCCCAUUCUCAGAGCUUGCACACUCACCCCCAGGGCAUGCAGGAACAGAAGGCUGUCGUGCCUCACCCUCCCAGUUUACUACAGCAACAAAGCCUGGGCCAUCAGCAAGCAGUCCAUCCUGGCCUGCCUAGACAACAGACUGUGCAACAACGUGCUCUCAACCAUCAACAUGUUCUCAUGCAGCAGCAAUCAGGUCCUCAGAACCUCCAUCACCUGCCUGAAAUGCCUCAGUCAGCCGGCCUGCAGCACUCCCACAGUUUCCCACACUCUCAAACCCCCGGCCCAGGCCUUCCACCCCCUAGCAAUGCCAUGUCUGGUGCCAAGCUCUCCGAUGCAGACGCCCCACCCAACGUAACUGUGUCUACCUCAACCAUCCCUCUGUCCAUGGCAGCCAGCUUGCACCAGAAGCAGCCUAGUGACCUGAGCAGCAUCGUUCACCAGAUCAGUCGCUUCUGCCAGGCACGAGCCAGCGCCAGUGCCACAUCGGUGUGCGAAGGCCAGAUCGCCAACCCAAGCCCCAUCAGCCGUAACCUGUUGAUCGAUGCCAGCUCUCGCGUGUGUGCUCAUAACCCUCUGCCGUCCUGUGCCCUUGCCAGCACCGCUGACAAAGCUGCUAUGACGUUGCCCAACAUGGCUCCCAUGAACAUGAGACAUGCUUAUCACGAUAUGAAACAGCAGCCGGCUCAGCCCCACUUACCACAGCAGCACCCCUGGAAUCAGCAGCUGUCUCACCUCCAGUCUCUCUCAGAUGGCGCUCAGCAAGGGAAGAACCCAGCCAGAGAUGGUACAGCAGGGCCUGGCUUUCCCAGCAAGAAUAUGAGCUACGCACAGGAGGUGUGUAUGGGCCAGUCAUUUAAUCUGAAGACCCCUAUAGACAAGCCCACGCCUUCACCUCCCGUCACUGCUAUGUCCGGAGCGGUGAAUUACAGCAACGGGCAUUACGUGCAGCCACCGUGGAAUGGCAUCUUGCCUACACCCAAUAGUGACGGCUCAGGGUCUCAAGAGCUGGGCGUCACGUUCCACACAGGCAUGUCGGGGGCGUCCAUAGAAAACAGGACUCGAGCGGGCAACGCGGGCCAGAUGAACCUGAUGCCACCCGUGGAGUAUGUGGGUGGAGAUUAUCAGGCCCCAUGCUUUCGAGAGCAGAACACGGGCAUGAUGCUGAAGAUGAGCAGGGCUCAAGAUUCAAGUAAUAGUCGCAGUGUGCACAUUCACCACCCAGGGUACAGAUGAGUAACGGUCUGCUUAACCGAGUCAUCCUUCAGUGUUAGACUCAAGUAUAAGAAACACAUCUCUGCUCCUCGUUCUUUUGUUUCCAGUCUCACAAGUGAUCUACUGUAUGUUUUCCCCCAAUACGUCAUGGCCAUCAGUUUACCCAGUUUAACCGUGUGCAAGGUUUCAAAUGCUCUUCUUUUUGUGUAGAUUACAGUAGAUUAUGAAUCAGUCUAUGGGGGCGGGGUACAUCUAUAUAGAAAUCUGUGUAAAUCCAAUAUUUAUUUGCUGUCACAGCUGUUGAAAACAUCUGUUUGGGUGUUUGUUUUUGUUUCUUCUCUUUCUUCACUUUAUGUUCUACAGUUUCAUCUAGACCUACUCAUCGAUCAGUGCAGUAUAUGUCAGAGGUGUGACAUGCUGUAUUUCUUCCAGUUUAUUUUGGUGUCAUUUACUUGUUUGUUUGUUUUUAUUAUUAGAAGUGCUAAUACUGAUGGGCCACACCCCCAGCUUACUGAAGGAAUUAUAGAGGUGCCAUGUUUCUAAAAAUGUGAGACUGUUUUCUUCUGUGCCACGCUCUGGCAUUUCUGGCACAGGGAUCAGAUGUUCCCUUUCAAUGUUUACAUGUUAAUUUGCACUUGUAACUUUGAAUCAGUAAAAAGUGCAGAUCAACGCGGGGUUAUGCACCUACGACGAGACUGUUUCUUGAGGUCGAUGUUCAUAAAUCGGCCUCCGGACUCUGAUUGGACUGUUACUGUAAGGCUUUCUCAGUGUGAAUAUAUUUCCUGUCUUGUUGUGUCAGCCAACAUGGUUUCCCUCUGUGAUCGGUGUUGGCGUUUCACUUUAUUGAAUAUGGCAUAAGGUUUAGUUCUAGGUCUUGUCCGUCUGUCAUGAAGUAAUCACAUCCUGGGAUCCCUGGAGUUUCUUUUAAACCGGUGCACGUUGUGCAUAGUUUAGUCUUUUUUUGUGUGUGUCGAUUUUGGAAUACUUGAGUUUCUGAGAUGUUAUGUUAAAACUAGACAGAGUUCACUACAGGACUUUUAAAACUCUUCAGGCUACGUGAACCCGAUCAGGAUCUGCCUCUCCCUUUCAAAACCCCAUCGAAGUAUGUGUAUGUGUGGAAAGAAUGAGGUGAUCAGCCUGAUGUUUAUUUAGUACAUGUGCACUCAGGCUAGCCCUUUUGAAACCCUUCCAUUUCAUGGUCAUUUUUCUUGGUCUUGUCCAUGGGAUUUAAACCUUACUCGAGCAUUAACGGAUCACUCGCAAAUUUUAUGGCAAUAUAAAAGAGGACCACAGGCUAAAUGUGAUGUGAUAUGAACACCUGCCUCAUUGCUGUACUGCUGUAAUUGAAGGCUGUGAUAAGCCUUGCGCGACUGUGGCGAUGGUGUGGACUGGACUGCAUGUUUGCUCCAUCAGUAACCCCAUUCUUCUUCUUCUUCUUUCUUUAUUUAUUUUUGGUCAGCAACUAAUGAUCUGUAAAUGUAACCAAGUUUUGGUAUUUGUUGCUGAUACUGGAGAGGUCUCAACUCAGGUACCAUUUGAGUUUUAACCUGACGAGUACUACCAGUAAAAAUGAUUUUCAGAACUAGAAAAGUAAAUUCAUAUUUCGGGGAGGGGGGGAUAAAAACUACAGCAGGUUGUAGUUACAUAAUCGAUCGAUUACUUGGAACUUACUUUAAAUGGUGUCCGCUGCUUUUGGGAAUAGUCUUGUAUGCCGAGUGCCUCCCUUUCUCAGGUCUACUGGUGCCUCCUUACUUGUCAUCUUCCCACUUCAUACAUAUUACAGUGUUUGUUCUUUUUUUUUUUUAUGUUUAUAGUGACGUUGGACGUACUGUACGUAUGCGAGCAGGCCAUCUGGUAGCAGACUGCAGGUAUUUUUACACCGCACACAGGCUUUGGCGUAACUGAUGGAGCAAACACUGAGCAGUUUGAAGGUGAUAUGAAUGACAUGCGGUGUGUUAGCCUCGCUGGUUACCCCUUAAGAGCCUUAAGCAUUUGUUCCUCAGACUGUCUUUGAUAACGAGCAUAGUGAAGAAGAUGCUGAAUUAUGUUUUUAGCCGUUUUAACACCCCCCCCCCCCCCCCGUUUUUAUUUAAAAGAAACUUCCUAAGAUGAGGAUUAACUUUUUGUAUUUAGCAAUUUAACUGCGUAUAGCUGUAUAACAGUUACUGUAUAACAUAUACUGUAUAACAUAUACUGUAUAACAGUUGUCAUUUUGCAUUCAGACCAAAAUAAUUUACUUUCCACUGCUAGGUAAUUUAUUGUAUUGGCUUUGUUAUUGCAGCACAACAUUUCAAAGUCCAAGGUCUCUCUCUCUCUCUCUCUCUCUCUCUCUCUCACACUGUCAUUUGCCAACAAUAACUAAACGAUGCAUCUGAAUUGAACCCAGCUUUGGGACUCGACACGUGCAGAUUGCAGUUACCCAGCCCAGACUUGUGUUGGUUAAUUGUGAAUAGAUUGACUAAUUCUGGGUUGGCUUCUGCCACUUUGUGAUUUAUACUUUUAUUUUAUUUUUUCCCCCCUUCCCCAAGAAGCUGCUAUUUUAAUUCCAUCCAUAUAUUAAGUUACAGUGAUUUUAAGGGUAGAAGCCAGUUGUAAUUUAUGCUCAUCUUUUUGCAAUGCAACGUUGUUGAUGAAUAAGUUCUAAAGUGAAUUAAUACAUUUUGCUUGUCAACUGCUUAUCAUAAUGAAGACAUUGUAAAGCUUGAAGAUUAGAUCUGACACGAUCCUUCAUCCGUGUGUUGUUCCAGCUCCAGGGCACAAAGUCAGGUUGCUCUUUAUAAAAGUUCCUGUUUCUAUGUGAAGUGCCUACACUGGGCGGAUGGGGACUGCGUGUAUAUAUGUGACUGCCUAGGGGUAGAGUGCACACUACAAAGAUCUGGUGCACUGUUCAUGAGCGGGGGACCAAACUGCGUAAAACUACUGAUGGGAAGAACGGUGCAUGUGUCGCCUCAGGCAUAAAAGCUAUUUCAAUUUGAAUAUUUGCUGCUGAAUCUUUUAGUCUAGGUGGGUAAACCUACGCUGCUGAACUUCUUCUGCCCUUCUGUGGAUCGUUUGAGGAAGUUCUUUAUAUCUUACAGAGCACAUGUACUCUCAAUAGUACAUAACGACGGUUUUUGUUUUGUUUCGGACUCACGCCACGGGGGUUUCAUCUUGUUCUACCAAAGAACAAAAUGCCGCAUGAACGGUAGCAGUGUGCAACUGUAACUUAAAUCUGUCAUUCCAGAUCCCCACGUUUUUCAGGAAUAAUGUGUUGCACAAACAUUCCCCUCUAACCAAAAUAAAGGUUGACUUGCAUUUGAAAAGCGUGUCGUUGCAUAUGUUUGUGUCCUGUUGUCAUGAAGAUUUGGAGUGGCAAACUUUCCAAGGUUUUAACCGGAUGCUUCAGUUGAAGGUGGAAUUUAUCUGUCUGGCUGCGGUCACAUCUCUUGGUCUGUUUGCUGAGCCUGAAUAAGAGUGAAUUUGGUUUGCACAUAAUUAAACAAACUAAAAGCCAAAUAAAUUGUCCGAAGAAUACGUUGGGUAUACGCUCACUCUCUUUCAUUCAUCGGUGAGAAAUACUGUGACGACAAUAUUGUGCGAUCAAGUGUGCACAGAACUCCGGGAAAACUCUAGCACGGUUCUGUCGCACUGAGAAGGUGAAUCGACCCUGAAUUGACCCAGCUGCGGAAAAGUGACCCACGAGGUGAGAACAAUCCUCACCGCUCCGAGCGAUUCCCAGAAGAAAAACAUAAAGAGUCUGGUCAUGUGAGUAACCUGAAAGCAGCAUAGCGCGUGUUAUACAUACGGUUAUAUACGUACACUCACCAGCCAAUUUUAUUGGGAAAACUAUUACUAUUAGGUACACCUGUUUAUUCAUGCAAUUAUCCUGUCAGCCAAUCAGGUGGUAGCAGCAUAAUGCAUAAAAUCAUGCAGAUACAGUUCGAGAUUUAAUUAUGUUCACAUCGAACUGAAUGACUGUGGCAUGAUCGUUGGUGCCAGACACGCUUGCUCGAGUUUUUCAGAAACAGCUGAUCCACUCGGAUUUUCUUGCAGUCUCUAGAGUUUAUACAGAAAAACAAAAACAUCCAGUGAGCAGCAGUUCACCUUGCAGAAACACCUUGAUGAAAGGAGACUGGCCGGGAUGGUUUUAGCUGCCUGGAAAAGGUUAAAGUAACUCAAAUAACUACUCUUUUACAACCGUGGUGAGCAGAAAAGCAUUUCAGAAUGCACGUCAAACGCUGAGGCGGACUCUGGGUA